UAAAGGAAAUGCUUGCUGUAAUGCUAGAGGAAAAUUACUUUAACAUUUACAGACUUUCAACAUACUGCUAGAUUAGAUGCAAGCAGAUUUAAUAAUAAAAUGUAAAUUUUACUGCAUUGUAACAGGAUUCCACUUGGAUUAAAUGAUGGAUAAUUAUUGAACAGCAGGGAAGAUGGACAGGGAGUCAGCCAGCAGGUUUUGGCUAAUUCAGUUUAACUGUUAUUUUGAGGUCAUGACACAGGCCUACACUGGCUAAUAAUUAGGACGUUGUCUUGUGCAUUUGCGUGAAGAUCCAUGAAGUACAACUUUGACUGACUUAAUAUGCGCACUUAAUAUGAAAAAAAUUUCACAUGUUGCACAUAUUCCAGAGAAAAGAUAUUCUUAUUUUUAGGGGAAAAUAGGACAUCCUGUUUCGUCUUUGCCUUACACGUAUUAUCAUUUUAUCGGUCGUACUUUUCUAAAAUAGACAUCCCUUCUAAAACAUGACAAAAUAACCAGCUGUAGACAAUGCAUGCAUGCAGCAGAAUUCACUCGAAAAGGAUCCCAAAUGCGGGGAAUUUGACGCAUGCCGUUCGCUUGUUAUGAUGUUUUCUAAACACAACCCUGUCACUGUUUCCACGUGAUACACCGACGCAAGGUUCAGUCUGCGUCUUUCCACACAGCCUGAUGCAGGGGGAUCCAUCAUGGCGUCGAUGCAGAAAAGGUUACAGAAGGAACUAUUAGCUCUGCAAAAUGAUCCACCCCCUGGCAUGACAUUAAACGAGAAGAGUGUUCAGAAUACGAUUACACAGUGUCUGAAAAUCAUUGAACCUCAGCCCUGUAUUUGGUGGAUUGUAGAUAUGGAAGGAGCCACCGGUACUCUCUAUGAAGGCGAAAAAUUCCAGCUGCUUUUCAAAUUUAGUAGUCGAUAUCCGUUUGACUCACCUCAGGUCAUGUUUACCGGGGAGAAUAUACCUGUCCAUCCUCAUGUUUAUAGCAAUGGCCACAUCUGUCUCUCCAUCUUAACAGAGGACUGGUCGCCCGCUCUCUCUGUACAGUCAGUUUGUCUAAGCAUUAUUAGCAUGCUUUCCAGCUGCAAAGAGAAGAGGCGACCUCCAGACAACUCCUUUUAUGUUAGAACAUGUAAUAAGAAUCCAAAGAAGACAAAAUGGUGGUAUCAUGAUGAUACAUGUUAAUGUAGAAUUUUGGUAUACUCUUAGAAGAAAGAAGUCCUACUGACCUACAUAAGCACUUUUUAAGAAACAUUCAGUCUUUGAACUGUAAACUUUGACUGGAACUAUGGAGAUAUGCGCUGGAGAUUCUCCUGACUGCAACCCCAGAUGGGCAGUGGGAUUUGUGUACACAGCAGGUUGCACCUGAAAUGGAUGCCGAUUCGAAACAGGACAGG